CCCAAAGCCCAAUGGAAGUGGGUGCAAGCCGCACUGACGAAUGUGGCGUUGGAAGUGCUACUAAGCAAACCAGGCUCACCCCCGUCAUGUGCGAAUGCCGAAUGGUAUCAAGGUCAGAUAAAGAUGAUAGCGUGUGACGACGAGAGAUCGGUCCAGCUAUAUAAGGCCGCAAAGGCUAAGUUGGGGGAGGUCUACCCCGGAGCCAGGCUAGUAGCGGUAGACAAAAAUAUAUCCCAUCCCGACCGAGGGCAAGGGUAUGAAUCCAGGCUACACCAUCGCAGCCGGACCAGAUAAUGCAGCUCAUAAGAGCCUGUAACCCGAAUUUACCAACUGGGGGAUGCAGAUUCUUCAGGGCCUUCGAUGACCCCGCAGCGGAAUCUGGUGUGGAGACUAAACGAGCCACAAUGCAGAUUCUUUUGCUUCUAACAAAGGAAUCCGUAGAACCGCUAGCGAAAAGUGGCGGAGAGAUCAACUACGGAUUCACAAAAGUGAAGGUCAUGACCUACAAGUCAGACGCCGAUGGAGGAGAAAACUUGGCA